AUGUCUGGGAAGAUGAAACGAAAAGUUAUUGGGUUGCAUGCGAAAAGUAAGAUUUCUGAGGGGUGUUUCGAAAAGAUGUACUCGAGGUUCGGCUAUAAAAGGAAGCUUAACGAUGAGUUUUCACUCACACUUCAACAAAGAAACAUCAAGAUGGUGCGAUGUGUGCGUUUCUGGCGAGGACAAUGGAAGAAAAGUAGUGAAGAAGAGUGGGAGUUCAUUAGGCAUCCAGAGGAAAUUGCAUAUAGGGUGGUUGUCUAUGAAACUGUCAGCUACAAUGACCUUGACCACCUAGUAAGGCAGCGGUAUGGUCUAAGUCCUUAUACCCCACUUGUCAUUACUCACCGACUUCCCAUUGUGUUGCUCGGACCAAGUGGUAACCGGACACCACCGACGACAAUCUCGUGCACAGCUGUGUUAUCUUGGUUUCUUCAUGGCGGAAUUUGUGGGAUUGAGCUUCCUCUGAUGAUAACGAUGGGUCCCAUAGAUGUUGCUGAAUACGAGUUUAACACUCGUACUAAUUUUGCAAUAGGGAAUAUAAUGUAUGUCUUUGAUCACACGGCAAAUGAUAGCUCACGAGCCGCUUACGAAAAUUUAGUCUUUGGUAACCGUCAUGCACAGACACAAAGAGUGAUGCAUGCUUUAUUUCCAGAGGACAGUUUGCGUCUCUUCCACCGAGUUUCGUCGGAAAUGGCUUUCGCAGACAACUAUAUGGCUAAUCAACAUCGCGAGAUGGAGAGGUUGAGAGAGAUAAUCGAGCUGGACGACGAUGACACAUAA